UGGAGCCUGGGCGCGAAGCGAAGAAGCCGGAACAAAGUGAGGGGGAGCCGGCCGGCUGGCCCGGGGGGCCCCAGGAGCCCUGGGGAAGCGGGACUCGCGCCGGGCGGGGCUUCCCUGCGACCCGGCGCCCCGCGGGCAGCAUGCCCCUGCGGGCAGGGGGAGCUGGGCUGAACUGGCCCUCCCGGGGGCUCAGCCUGCGCCCUAGAGCCCCCCAGAUGCGCCCCCGCCGGGGCCCCCCGGUUGCGUGAGGACACCUCCUCUGAGGGGCGCCGCUCGCCCCUCUCGAGACCUCCCGGGGCCCCGGCUGGCCAGAGGAUGGACGAGGAGGAGGAUGGAGCGGGCACCGAGGAGUCAGGACAGCCCCGGAGCUUCAUGCGGCUCAACGACCUGUCGGGGGCCGGGGGCCGGCCGGGGCCGGGGUCGACGGAAAAGGACCCGGGCAGCGCGGACUCCGAGGCGGAGGGGCUGCCGUACCCGGCGCUGGCCCCGGUGGUUUUCUUCUACUUGAGCCAGGACAGCCGCCCGCGGAGCUGGUGUCUCCGCACGGUCUGUAACCCCUGGUUUGAGCGCAUCAGCAUGUUGGUUAUCCUUCUCAACUGUGUGACCCUGGGCAUGUUCCGGCCAUGUGAGGACAUCGCCUGUGACUCGCAGCGUUGCCGGAUCCUGCAGGCCUUCGAUGACUUCAUCUUUGCCUUCUUCGCCGUGGAGAUGGUGGUGAAGAUGGUGGCCUUGGGCAUCUUCGGGAAAAAGUGUUACCUGGGAGACACUUGGAACCGGCUUGAUUUCUUCAUCGUCAUUGCAGGGAUGCUGGAGUAUUCGCUGGACCUUCAGAACGUCAGCUUCUCAGCUGUCAGGACAGUCCGUGUGCUGCGACCGCUCAGGGCCAUUAACCGGGUGCCCAGCAUGCGCAUCCUUGUCACGCUGCUGCUGGACACACUGCCCAUGCUGGGCAACGUCUUGCUGCUCUGCUUCUUCGUCUUCUUCAUCUUCGGCAUCGUUGGCGUCCAGCUGUGGGCGGGGCUCCUUCGUAACCGGUGCUUCCUGCCGGAGAAUUUCAGCCUCCCCCUGAGCGUGGACCUGGAGCGCUACUACCAGACAGAGAAUGAGGACGAGAACCCCUUCAUCUGCUCCCAGCCGCGGGAGAACGGCAUGCGCUCGUGCAGGAGUGUGCCCACGCUGCGCGGGGAGGGUGGCGGCGGCCCCCCCUGCGGCCUGGACUACGAGGCCUACAACAGCUCCAGCAACACCACUUGCGUCAACUGGAACCAGUACUACACCAACUGCUCCGCAGGGGAGCACAACCCCUUCAAGGGCGCCAUCAACUUCGACAACAUCGGCUAUGCCUGGAUUGCCAUCUUCCAGGUCAUCACGCUGGAGGGCUGGGUCGACAUCAUGUACUUCGUGAUGGAUGCUCAUUCCUUCUACAACUUUAUCUACUUCAUCCUCCUCAUCAUCGUGGGCUCCUUCUUCAUGAUCAACCUGUGCCUGGUGGUGAUCGCCACGCAGUUCUCAGAGACCAAGCAGCGGGAGAGCCAGCUGAUGCGGGAGCAGCGCGUGCGCUUCCUGUCCAAUGCCAGCACCCUGGCCAGCUUCUCGGAGCCAGGCAGCUGCUACGAGGAGCUGUUGAAGUACCUGGUGUACGUCCUCCGUAAAGCGGCCCGCAGGCUGGCCCAGGUCUCCCGGGCGGCGGGUGUGCGGGCCGGGCUGCUCAGCAGCCCGGUGCCGCGCGGCGGCCAGGAGCCCCAGCCCGGCGGCAGCUGCUCUCGCUCCCACCGCCGUCCGUCUGUCCACCACCUGGUUCACCACCACCACCACCAUCACCACCACUACCACCUGGGCAACGGGACGCUGCGGGCCCCCCGGGCCAGCCCGGAGAUCCAGGACAGGGAUGCCAACGGGGCCCGCCGGCUGAUGCUGCCACCGCCCUUGACACCCGCCCUCUCCGGGGGCCCCCCGGGGGGCGCAGAGUCUGUACACAGCUUCUACCACGCCGACUGCCGCCUGGAGCCGGUCCGCUGUCAGGCACCCCCUCCCAGAUCGCCGUCCGAGACGUCGGGCAGGACUGUGGGCAGCGGGAAGGUGUACCCCACGGUGCACACCAGCCCUCCCCCAGAGAUGCUGAAGGAGAAGGCGCUAGUGGAGGCGGCCCCCACCUCCGGACCCCCCACCCUCACCAGCCUCAACAUCCCGCCCGGGCCCUACAGCUCCAUGCACAAGCUGCUCGAGACACAGAGCACAGGUGCCUGCCAAAGCUCUUGCAAGAUCUCCAGCCCUUGCUUGAAGGCGGACAGUGGAGCCUGUGGCCCAGACAGCUGCCCCUACUGUGCCCGGGCGGGGGCAGGGCAGGUGGAGCUCGCCGGCCAUGAGAUGCCUGACUCAGACAGCGAGGCAGUUUAUGAGCUCACACAAGACGCCCAGCACGGUGAUCUCCGGGACCCUCACAGCCGGCACCGACAGAGUCUAGGGCUGGACGCAGAGCCCAACUCUGUGCUGGCCUUCUGGAGGCUGAUCUGUGACACUUUCCGGAAGAUCGUGGACAGCAAGUACUUUGGUCGGGGAAUCAUGAUUGCUAUCCUGGUCAACACCCUCAGCAUGGGCAUCGAGUACCAUGAACAGCCCGAGGAGCUCACCAACGCCCUGGAAAUCAGCAACAUCGUCUUCACCAGCCUCUUUGCCCUGGAGAUGCUGCUGAAGCUGCUCGUGUAUGGUCCCUUUGGCUACAUCAAGAACCCCUACAACAUCUUCGAUGGCGUCAUCGUCGUCAUCAGCGUGUGGGAGAUCGUGGGCCAGCAGGGGGGUGGCCUGUCGGUGCUGCGGACCUUCCGCCUGAUGCGGGUGCUGAAGCUGGUGCGCUUCCUGCCGGCGCUGCAGCGACAGCUGGUGGUGCUCAUGAAGACCAUGGACAACGUGGCCACCUUCUGCAUGCUGCUCAUGCUCUUCAUCUUCAUCUUCAGCAUCCUGGGCAUGCAUCUCUUCGGCUGCAAAUUUGCAUCUGAGCGGGACGGGGACACGCUGCCGGACCGGAAGAAUUUUGACUCCCUGCUCUGGGCCAUUGUCACCGUCUUUCAGAUCCUGACCCAGGAGGACUGGAACAAGGUACUCUACAAUGGAAUGGCCUCCACGUCGUCCUGGGCUGCUCUUUAUUUCAUUGCCCUCAUGACCUUCGGCAACUACGUGCUCUUUAAUCUGCUCGUCGCCAUUCUGGUGGAGGGCUUCCAGGCGGAGGAAAUCAGCAAACGGGAAGAUGCGAGUGGACAGUUAAGCUGUAUUCAGCUGCCUGUCGACUCCCAGGGGGUAGGUACGCGAUCAUGAG